CGGCGUCAGCGGGGCAAUACAGGAGCUGAUGCGAGCCGGCAGCGCUGGGCCAUGGAACCGGUAGAGACCUGGACCCCCGGAAAGGUGGCAACUUGGCUGAGAGGUCUUGACGACUCCCUGCAGGACUAUCCCUUUGAGGACUGGCAGCUGCCUGGCAAGAACCUGCUCCAGCUCUGCCCCCGAAGCCUUGAGGCUCUGGCUGUGCGGUGUCUGGGACACCAGGAGCUCAUCCUGGGCGGGGUGGAACAGCUCCAGGCCCUGAGCUCCAGGCUACAGACAGAGAACCUGAAGAGCCUGACAGAGGGGCUGCUGGGGGCAACCCAUGACUUCCAGAGCAUAGUCCAAGGCCGCCUGGGGGACUGUGCCAAGACCCCUAUUGAUGUCCUCUGUGCAACUGUGGAGCUGGUGCAUGAAGGCAACGCCCUCCUCUUCUGGCUCAGCAGGUACCUCUUCUCCCACUUAAAUGACUUCUCGGCAUGCCAGGAGAUCCGGGACUUGUUGGAGGAGCUGAGUCAGGUCUUGCGUGAGGAUGGUCCAGCAGCUGAGAAGGAGGGCACAGUCCUGAGGAUCUGCAGCCACGUGGCUGGGAUCUGCCACAACAUCCUGGUCUGCUGCCCCAAGGAACUGCUGGAGCAGAGGGCCGUGCUCGAGCAAGUGCAGCUGGACAGUCCAUUGGGCCUGGAAAUUCACACCACCAGCAAUUGCCAGCACUUUGUGUCCCAAGUGGACACCCAGGUUCCCACUGACUCCCAGCUGCAGAUCCAACCUGGAGACGAGGUUGUCCAGAUCAACGAGCAGGUGGUGGUGCGUGAGGAGAGGGAUGUGGUGGGAUGGCCCCGUAAGAACAUGGUGAGGGAGCUGCUGCGGGAGCCAGCCGGACUCAGCUUAGUGCUGAAGAAGAUCCCGAUACCGGAGACCCCCCCACAGACGCCCCCUCAGGUCCUGGACUCCCCGCACCGGAGGAGCCCAUCACUGUCUUUGGCCCCACUGUCUCCCAGGGCCCCAUCUGAAGAUGUCUUUGCCUUCGACCUGUCUUCAAACCCCAGUCCUGGACCCAGCCCUGCCUGGACAGACUCUGCCUCCCUUGGCCCUGAGCCCCUGCCCAUCCCCCUGGAAACCCCAGCCAUACUCCCAGCAGGGGUAGCAGGGACUCCAGGGCUCCCUGAAUCCUCUGACAAGAGUCCUGUUGGUCGGAAGAAAUCAAAAGGCCUGGCGACCCGGCUGAGCCGCCGGCGGGUGUCAUGCCGUGAGCUGGGCCGGCCGGACUGUGACGGCUGGCUCCUGUUGCGAAAGGCACCCGGUGGCUUCAUGGGCCCGCGCUGGCGCCGCUGCUGGUUUGUGCUCAAGGGACACACGCUCUACUGGUACCGCCAGCCCCAGGAUGAGAAGGCUGAGGGCCUCAUCAAUGUCUCCAGCUAUAGUCUGGAAAGUGGACAUGAUCAGAAGAAGAAAUAUGUGUUUCAGCUCACCCAUGAUGUGUACAAACCCUUCAUCUUCGCUACUGAUACCCUGACAGAUCUGAGCAUGUGGGUGCGUCAUCUCAUUACCUGCAUCUCCAAGUACCAGUCUGCAGGCCGGGCGCCCCCGCCUCGAGAGGAAGACUGCUACAGUGAGACCGAAGCAGAAGACCCAGACGAUGAGGCUGGGUCCCGCUCAGCCUCGCCCAGCCCUGCUCAAGCUGGGAGUCCCCUCCAUGGAGACACGUCACCUGCAGCCACCCCCACACAGCGCAGCCCACGGACCUCCUUUGGCUCUCUGACAGACAGCAGUGAAGAGGCACUGGAAGGAAUGGUACAGGGGCUGAGGCAGGGUGGUGUAUCCCUCCUAGGCCGGCCACAGCCCCUAACCCAGGAACAGUGGCGGAGCUCUUUCAUGCGGCGCAACCGAGACCCUCAGCUCAAUGAGCGAGUGCACCGUGUACGGGCGCUACAGAGCACACUCAAGGCAAAGCUGCAGGAGCUGCAGGUCCUAGAAGAAGUGCUGGGUGACCCUGAAUUGACAGGAGAGAAGUUCCGCCAGUGGAAGGAGCAGAACCAGGAGCUGUACUCAGAGGGCCUGGGGGCCUGGGGAGUGGCACAGGCUGAAGGCAGCUCCCACAUCUUGACCUCUGACUCCAGAGAACAGACCCCCCACUCCCUGUCCUCUGACCCUGAAGAGCACUCCCAUCUCUGCCCUCUGACCCCAGAGAGUAACCUCCAACCUCCUGACCUCUGACCCUGGCCAGCACUCUAGCUCCUGACCUUUGACCCGAGGGCCACCUCAACCCCAGCUUCUGACAUGUCCAGGACAGAGCAUCCCUGGAUUCUGUUCAGGGUGGGAAGUAGUACUGCUAAUCAUGGUCUCACCCCGAGCUGACCCCUCUGCCUGGGCUUUGUGCCACCCUCUCUCUUGCCAAAGAAGACACUCUCCUACCCCAUCCUCCCAUCUCUGUGGCCACAGCCCUGCCCCUCCCGUUCCUUGACAGUUCUCCUCCAAACCAGGUCUGUACAGGUGUGCUUUAUUUUACAUGAGGUCUACUUUCCAACCAAAUAAAGUCAAUUUUU